AGCUGCCCCCCGCGUGGUAAAUGCACCCCCAUGUCUCCGCGUCAUGGGCAAACUACUCUCCUGGCACAGACGCUGCCUCGCACUCUUACGGCUCAGUACUGGCCGUUCAAUAUUGCAGCGGCCCCGCAGACACAGGCAGUAACUCCAGCUGUCAGAGGGCCGGUUCCUACCUUGUUAGUGGCCAUGGCCCUAUAAAUCUGACUACCCUAGGCAAGAGUUUGGAGGCAUCAUGGUUUGCUGCUGGUCUUACAAGUCCUCAGCCUCUUGAGUCACUGAGGCUUCUGGAGGGCCCCUUUGUGUACCUGUCUUUAAUAGGAACAGUGGCAGAGUCAGACAACAUAUUUGCCUCUCUGUGGAAAGAAUAUGGAAGAGCAGAUGCAAGGUGGCUUUAUUCUGAUCCAACCAUUGUGUCUCUGGAAAUACUAACUGUUGUUUUGGAUGGCCUUCUAGCUCUGAUCCUCAUUUAUGCUGUUAUCAAAGAUAAGUACUACAGGCACAUGGAGUGCAUGCUUACCCCCAUGUGGAAUACAGGUAAGGAUCACACAUCUUGAAGAACUUCCAGAUACAGGUAAGUAACCUCCGUUUUCUUCUUAGAGUCUUCUCAGAUUGAAAGUUAUUUGGAUAAGAAAAUAAAUAAUGGGUUCAUGUAUAUUUAUAUACACACAAGCACCUUGAAUUAGGUAUAGCGCUAUUGCAAAACUUCUGUUUGCCAGACAGUCAGUCCUGUCUACACGACAAAUUCAACAGUGUUGAGAACCUUGUUACCAGGGCAUGUUAAAAAGUUUUAUUUUGUAUGGAAUCUGAAUGUGGUUCUUUAGUAUAGCUAGAAGCUGGGGCCUAAGCGGCACUGGUAGAUUAAGCAUAUUUCAUCCACUGACGGUGGCUUAGUAAACUCUGUGAGUUUAAUGUAAACGUUGCUUGUAAUGAUUAGCAGACCAAAAAAAUUAUCUGGUUAAGUUGUACAGGUUAAAAAGUAUAUUGGUGUUUGACUGACUCUGUCUAGCAAACAGAAGGAUUGCAAUAAUCACUCACACAUGGCAUGGGCAUAGCGACGAGCACUCGAAGAAGAAAUGGAGGUUAGUUACCUGUAACUGGAGGUUCUUUGAGAUAUUUGGUCCCUAUCUCUAUAAUGUGAAGCAUUAUAUAAGUGCUAGCAUAAAGUGGCCAAAAGUUUGUUGACAAUUUUUUUCAAUGAAAAAUGCUGUUUUGUUGACACCAAAAUAUUUCUUGGAAAAACAUAGGGUUUGACAAAAAUUUCAGAAAGAAUGUUUCUCAGGUCUAGGAUGGAAUUUUUGGUCAAAACAGGGGAGAGACUCCAGAAAAAGAUACUCACCUGAGAUGAGAUCCAGGUUCAUGUCCCUGCUCUACCUAAUUCGGAACGAGGACUUGAAUUUGUGUCUCCCAUGUUCCAGCUGAGUCCCCUAAUCACCAGACUAUUGGCUAUUCUGCGGUGGGUUUCAUGAUUGUUUUGGGGAAAAAAACUUCAAAGGUCUCGGUUUUUGUUCUGCAUCAGAACUAAAAUACAUUUCAAAACAUUGAAAAUUAUGUGUGAAACAAUUGGUUUUCUGGACAACACUAAUUUUUAUUGCAGUUGCCUAAUUGUUUGUUUUUAUUCCUCU